GCGGGAGACCCUCCUGUGGGCCGGGCCGGGCCUGCAGGCAACUCGGCCAUAUUUGAGCAGCCACGCUGAGCUGCCUUUGUCCUCGUCCAGGUUCCUGCCGCCUGCCUGGUGCCUGGGGCGGGCCAGGAAAGGAACAGCUGGACCUCUGUGUCCGGGCACCCCCCCCAAAAAAAACUUCGGGGCCUCGGAUUCCACCUUUCCAGAUUGGAUUGGGACUGAACUCGCAGGGAGUCUGAGCCUUGCAGGGCGCGCCCGGGCGUCCCCUUCCGCGCGCAGCCGUCGCCAUGGAGAUCUUAAAGACGCUGGAGAAGAGCCACGUGGGGGGCUGGUUCCCGUGGGGCUUCCUGCCGGCCCCCGACGGCCUGAUCCUGUGGAGCAUCCCGGACGUGUGCAGGGACGUGGACCUGGACGUGCUGGUGGACGCGCUGAGGCCCGUGGGGCCCUUCAAGAAGAUCGGCAAGGUGUUCCGCAAGGAGGAGGACUCCACGGUGGGCCUGCUGCAGAUCGGCGACGGCGUGGACCCGCUGCUCAUCCCGCGCCAGGUGCGGCUGGCGGGCGGCGUGUGGCGCGUGCUCUCCAAGCCCGCCACCAAGGAGGCCGCGUUCCGCGAGCGCCUGCUGCAGUUCCUGCAGGAGGAAGGCCGCACGCUGGACGACGUGGCGCGCGUCCUCGACAGGAGCACCCCGCACCCGCCGCCGCGGGCCCCGCGCGCCCCCGCGCGGCCCAGGGUCCCCAGGGCCGCGCCGCCGCCGCCGCGCCUGGUGGUCGGCACGUUCGACAGCAGCGGCGCCAGCGACAGCGAUGACGACGACGACGUCGGCGACGCCGGCGGCCCGGGCGCGCGCGCCGCCCCCGCGCGCAUGCGCACGCGCACGCGCAGGACGCCCGUCAGCUACCUGGGCAGCAAGUUCCUGGGCAGUGACCUGGAGAGCGAGGACGACGACGACGAGGAGCUGGUGCAGGCCUUCCUGCGGCGCGGGGAGCCGCCGCCCCCCGCGGCCCCCGCCCGCGGCCGCCCCGCCCACCUGCCCAUGCCCAUGUUCGACAACUUGGGGCCCCAGGUGUCCAAGGCCGACCGCUGGCGCCAGUGUGUCAGCCAGGUGUCCUGGGGGAAACUGAGGCGGAGGGUGAAAGGCUGCGCCCCGAGAUCGGGGGUGGAGGAGGCUCGGGCUCCCCGGGCCUCCACCCCUGCAGCUGCGGGGAGAGAUGAGGGGUCUUCUCAGGGCAGCGGCCCCAGGCCUGGGGGGAAUGGGGGACACGUGGGAAGUGGGGGUGAUGGGAGAAGGGCGGAGCCCUCGGCCCCACGUUGGAGGCCCAAGAUCAGGUGGGCCUCGUUCCGGCUCCGCAGGAGGGAGGCUCUGGAGGUGGACAGCCCAGCCCCAGAGCAGGCACAGGCGGCAGAUAGUCAGAGAGAAGAAGCCAUAGGUGAUCAGAGGGCAGAGGCUGAUGAUAAUCAGAGAGAAGAGGCCAUAGGUGGCCGGAGAGUAGAGGCUGCAGAUGUCCAGGGGGCAGAGGCUGUAGCUCACCAGAGGGCAGAGGUUGUGGAUAAUCAGAGAGUAGAGGCUGUAGCUGACCAGGAGGAAGAGGCAGCUAAUCAGAGGGCAGAGGCCCUAGCUGACCAGAGGCUAGAGACACCAGCUAAUCAGAGGGCAGAGGCACCAGCUAGUCAGAGGGCAGAGGCUGGAGCCCAGGCUAUCCAAGAAGCUGAAGGCUUGGUUGGCUCCUUGGCUCCAGAGACAGCCAGAUCUAGAACCCGGAAACAGACCAAGACAGUGAGGUUCCAGACCCCCGGACGUUUUUCGUGGUUUCACAAGCGUCGAAGAGCCUUCUGGCACACUCCCCGCCUGCCAACCCUGCCCAAGAGAGUCCCCAGGGCCAGCGAAGCCAGGGACCUCAGGGUGCUGAGGGCCGAGGCCAGUGCAGAGGCAGAGCAGGGAGAGCGAGAAGCAGAGCUGUGAGGAAAGGCCAGGGGCUCCCCUCUAGCUGACACCCCUCCCCUGUUUCCUUGCUGAGAGAUGGAGGGGGACAGAGGGGCAGACAGCGCCUGCCACAUCUCCACAGAAAACGUUGUUUUCUGUUUGUGCAUUAUUAUUUUUUUAAAUAUUGACUUAAUAGCAUCCCAGAAAAUGGAAGUUAGGAAGGAAGGAAAGAAGGAAGGAAGGAAGGAAGGAAGGAAGGAAGGAAGGAAGGAAGGGCGAGCUUGGGACAGGCACUAUUAGCUCAUGCCUGUAAUCCUAGCUACUCAGGAGGCUGAGAUCUGAGAGUCAUAGUUCAAAGCCAGCCUGGGC